AAUUGCUGUACCUAUACUGGUCACUAGAUGACAGUAGAGAGCACCGGGCUGUUUUUCUUGGUGACCAUGUGCACUACGUCACGCUGUAAAAAUGGCGACUCAGUGAGGGCUCCCAUGCUUGACUGUUGAUACAUCACUUUGAAACGAUUUCUCGCCCAAAUCGUGCAGUAAAGCGACCGAAAAGAAAAUGUCGCGGCUUAUUGUGAAAAACCUACCGAAUGGGAUGAAGGAGGAGCGCUUCCGGAAGAUGUUUGCAGACUUCGGGACGCUGACAGAUUGCGGACUGAAGUUCACCAAAGACGGCAAAUUUCGGAAAUUCGGCUUCGUCGGAUUUAAGUGUGAAGAAGACGCCUCAAAGGCGCUGAAACACUUCAAUAAAAGCUUUGUGGACACGUCCAGAGUGACGGUGGAAUUUUGUACAGAUUUUGGAGACCCCAACAAAGCAAGACCUUGGAGCAAGUACAGCCGGCAGCCUGAGAAAACAAAAGAUGAACAGAAGUCAGAAGGUCAAAAUAGAGAUGAGAGCAAGGGGAAGAAGGAGAAAAAACCUCAUGAUCUCCUUGGAGAACUAAAUAAUGACGAAGGCUUUCAAGAGUUCCUGGCUGUGCACAAAAAUCGCACACAGGUGCCUGUUUGGGCCAACGACGCAGUGGAAGCCAGUGCCGUUGAAAAGAGCAAAACGUCUGAGAAAAAGAAAGAAAAGAAAGCUGUCACCGAUGACUACUUAAACUUCGACUCUGAUGAGUCUGAGGAGUUGAGUGAGGUUGAGGAGCAGGAUGCAUCUGAUGGUGAAGAUAAGCAGGAUUCUGGUAAAAUGGCCCUGAAAGACAGCCUGACGGAUAUGGACUACCUACGCUCCAAAGUAGUGACGAAACCCAACAUAGUGGAUGAGAAAAAUGAGGAUGAAAAAGACGAUGUGGUUGAGGAGGAUGAUGCUGGUGAAGAAGAAGAAGAAGAAGAAGAAGAAGGUUGUCCAAUGAAACAGAUGGACAGUGCAUAUGAGAGUGGAGAUAAAGACAGCCAGAAAAGCAUACCAUCAUCACAAAACAAGUUUGAUCCUGCUACAGAAUUCACAGUCAAGCUACGAGGAGUGCCAUUCACAGUUAAAGAGCAACAAGUAAGAGAGUUUAUGCUGCCACUGAAACCUGUGGCCAUCCGCAUCGCCAAGAACAAAGAAGGCCGUAUCUCUGGUAAUGUGUAUGUGGAUCUGCACUCAGAAGCUGAAGUGGAGCGAGCUCUAAAACUUGACAAAGAUUAUAUGGGUGGACGCUACAUUGAAGUGUUCAGAGUCACAAACUUCACUGACAGGAAGACAAUAAGAGGAGCUCCACAGGAAAGAAACUUUGUCUCCGAGUUGAAAGAGGAUGAAGAAGAGGAGGAUGUGGCAGACUCUGGUCGGCUCUUUGUGAGGAACCUGCCUUAUACGUGUACAGAAGAAGAGCUGAAGGAGCUUUUUACUAAGCUUGGGCAUCUUUCUGAGCUUCAUUUUCCUAUAGACUCCUUAACUAAGAAACCUAAGGGCUUUGCCUUCAUUACCUACAUGAUCCCUGAAAAUGCUGUGAGUGCUUUAGCCCAGCUGGAUGGCCAUAUAUUCCAGGGCCGGGUAUUGCACAUCAUCCCCUCCAGAAUAAAGAAGGAGAAGCCAGAGCAGGGCCCCAAUGCUCCAGGCAGUUCCUCGUAUAAGAGGCAGAAGGAUGCAAAGGACAAGGCAGCCAGUGGCAGCUCCCAUAAUUGGAACACUUUGUUCCUAGGAACAAGUGCAGUAGCUGACGCUAUUGCUGAGAAAUACAACACGACUAAAAGCCAAGUCCUUGAUCAUGAGUCACAGGGCAGUCUGGCUGUGAGAAUGGCUCUUGGUGAGACACAGAUCAUUCAGGAAACUAGACAGUUCCUGCUGGACAAUGGUGUGUCUCUGGACUCCUUCAGCCAGGCCUCUGGUCAAAGGAGUAACUCGGUGAUCUUGGUAAAGAACUUACCGUCUGGAGUACAAGUAAAGGAGCUGGAGACUCUUUUCUCACCUCAUGGCUCUUUAGGCAGGGUUCUGUUGCCACCUUCUGGCCUCACAGCUAUUGUGGAAUUUCUUGAGCCCACUGAAGCCAAACGUGCUUUCACCAGACUAGCAUAUAGUAAGUUUCAGCAUGUUCCCUUGUAUUUAGAGUGGGCUCCAAUGGCUGUCUUUACAACACCACAUAAGCAGCACAAAGCAGCUGAAGUUGAAGCUGUGAAAGAAGAAAAUGCAUCAGAUCAGCAAACAAACAUAAAGGAGGACGAAGGUGAAGAGGAAGAUGAGGAAGAAGAGGAAAGUCCACCUGGCUCAACACUCUUUGUUAAGAACCUGAACUACAGCACCACUGAGGAGUCACUAAAGGAGACCUUCUCAAAAUGUGGAGCAGUGAAAACGUGCUCAAUAUCCAAAAAAAGAGAUAAAUCAGGCAAACUGUCAUCUAUGGGUUAUGGGUUCAUCCAAUACAAAACUCCCAAAGCAGCUCAAAAAGCCAUCCGCCAGCUCCAACAUUGUACUGUCAAUGGGCAUCAACUUGAGCUGAAAAUUUCUGAAAGAGAAUUAAAGUCAAGUGUGACGCAUACUAACAGGAAGAAACAAACAGCUAAAAAGCAGGCAACAUCUAAGAUCUUGGUGCGAAAUGUUCCCUUCCAGGCUACAGUCAAGGAGCUUAGAGAGCUUUUCUGUACAUUUGGGGAACUGAAGACUGUCCGCCUGCCAAAGAAAGGAGUCGGUGGAGCCCACCGUGGCUUUGCUUUUGUGGACUUUCUCACGAAGCAGGAUGCCAAGAAAGCGUUCUCAGCGCUGUGUCACAGCACCCAUUUGUACGGUAGGAGGCUGGUGUUGGAGUGGGCCGAUGCAGGGGAGAGUGUAGAAGAACUGCGGAGAAAAACGGCUCAACAUUUCCAUGAUGCUCCUAAGAAGCGGAAACAAGCACAAGUUUUGGAGGGCAUACUGGAGCAAAUGGAGGUUGGGGUCAAAGAUGAAUGAGGAUGAGCUUUGCAUUGGUCACUGAUGAUUCACAUGGAGAACCUCUAUUUUGAAGAGAAGUGUUUGUUUGAUGGACUCAUUUGUAAUCUGGAUAAACUUUGUAAACCAUCAAUCUGUCACAAUUUGUGUGGGUGUCCAUUAAACCAACCACUAUAAUUAUAUAAAUAUUUUAAAAUAAUGUCAUGCCUGUAUUUUGAUGUUUAUAUAGUUCUGCAAACUGUUGUUUCUUUGUAAUUUAACUUUUUAUGGAAUGACGGUAAAGUGUUUAAUUUCCAAUUUUUAGGGUGAUAUAUUUAUAGACAAGAAAGUAAUGUUGCUUUUGUCUAUUAAAAUAAAUAUUCCCUCUCUGUUUCA